AUGGGUGUGUGCUUGAAGGGCAGCAACCUUUGGGAAGUGCCCACUGGCCACUUCCCCACGCCUGCCAACAGUUCCAGGCUACUCUGGGAGCCACAAUGUCAGACUCACCUCCGCCACCUGCAGGACAGGGCCAGAGUUGCAGCCACAAUCCCACCAAGGCUGGAUGGUCACUGGGUCUCAUCGAGGUGUGAGGUAAGACCUGGCCCAGAGUUCCUUACUCGUUCUUAUACCUUUUAUUCGAACCCUACACGGCUUUUCAAAGCCCUCCAACACUACUAUUCAGACAGUGACUGCCAGGUGCCAGCCUACUCUCUACUCAUCCAGGGUAAACUCAGAUUUCGCAAGGCUUCUUGGAUCACACGUGGAGCCACGGAAGCAGAACAUACCCUCCUUAACGUUGCUUUGGUGAUUCACAGCCAGCAGAGCAUCCAUCACCUUGCUGUCCAUCUGCCCUUAUACUGCCUGGGCCUUGGGCCUGGAGUUCACCUGGUUUCUCAUCGCCUGUAUGAGCUCUUUAGUGCUAAGGCUGAAAAAGACUGCCUGGGUGCUCUGCAUUUUUCCAUGAUGGAGCUGGAGUUAUUGAGAAUGGAGACCCAGAUUCAUCCUCAUGGCCAUCCAUCCAAGGAGCUCUUCCUUGGAGAUGUGCAUACAGACUGGAACCAGAGGGCCCACUACAGACCAACAGGGUAUCAAGAGCCUCUACAGAACACCAUGCAUUAUAUUCACCCAUGUCCAGUGUGUGCCUUGGUCUAUCGCUCCUCUGAACAACACCCUCCCAUAUUACCUCCUUCCUGGUCCAUUCCUAUGAAUUUAGAUGGCCUCUGGGUGAGCCAGCGUUGCGAAGCCCGUCCAGCCGUGCUCUUCCUCACACGACUUUUCAUCUUCAGUGAGGAGCAACGCAGUUGGGAAGGCACCUACCAUCACUACUCUGACCCCAUGUGUCGCCAUCGGACUUUUACACUUUUGGCAUCGGGGCACUACGCCCACAUGGAGCCUUCUGGUAAAAUAAAAGGAGCCACUGAGUUAGUCUUCAAAGUGACACAUGCCAAGGUGACAGUGUUUGAGCAAACAUUGGUGCGAGUGUUAAAUUCCUCAGAGCAGGGAAGUUGUGGGCUUGCGGGUGGAUGGGAACUGGGAAUGGAACAAAAUAUAACAUGGACAGCAGGCUGCAGUGUGCUGGGGAUUUUACUUCCGCACAAAGAGUAUGAGCUAUUUAAAAUGGAGAAGGAUCAAAAAGGACGACCCUUGUUGUUCAUUGGAGAAAGACCUUCAGAUGGAAGCAGUCCUGAUCGACCAGUGAAAAGGCCCACAUCCUUUCAGACUCCUAUGGUUCAAUGCAGUGCAGUAGCACCAGUGACACAGCGCUACAAUCCCCGCAGCGAGAGAACAAGGGGGGUCAGCUCUGCAAGUGCACAGUAUUCAGUCUUUCCUGUUUUGUUGAUGUCUUUACUUAAUCUAUGGUUCUGGUAUAUGCUAGUCUAA